AUGUCUAACGGACAAGUUAGUACACCUCAAGAGCAAGCGUUUGUGGACUGGCUCAAGUCGAAUGGAUCGACAGUGAACCCGAAUGUUGGUCUGACCCAGUUCGAGGGAAUGGGCCGAGGUGCGGUGGCGCUGCAGGACAUCCAGGUACGCCAUCUCGGUCAUCAUAAGCCCAUAUCAAGCUCCAGAUCUAAUCUCGCCGUUCUCGCUGCAGCCGGACACGCUGCUGUUCUCGUUGCCCCGCUCCAUUUUGCUCACGACCUCGACUUCGUCGCUCUCGUCCCAAGUGCCGCUCUUGACCCUCACGGGAUGGACGCCUCUGAUCCUCUCGCUCAUGUACGAGUACCUCCGCACCUCGAAAUGGAAGCCCUACUUUGACCUCCUCCCUGCCUCGUUCGACUCGCUCAUGUUCUGGUCCGAUCCUGAGCUCGAACAACUCAAAGGCUCUGCCGUCUUGGACAAGGUCGGCAAGGAGGAAGCCGAGCUGGCGUAUGCGGAGGAACUCUUGCCCUUCGUUGAGGAGCACGCAAGCGUCUUGGGCAACAGGGAGGACUACACGUUGGACUUGUUCCACCGGUGUGGAAGCUGGAUACUCAGUCGCUCGUUUCACGUCGAGUCGGCGGACGAGGAUGAAAACAAGCCAAAGCGGAAACACGAUGGCGACGACGAGAACUCCGAUUCGGACGACGAAGAAGAAGAAGAGCGAGAAGAUGUCGCUGACGUAGCGAUGGUCCCCAUGGCCGACCUCCUCAACGCCCGAUUCGGCAGUGACAACGCUCGACUGUUUUACGAACCUUCGACGCUCAACAUGAUGUCGACGGCGUCGAUACCGGCUGGAGCCCAGAUCUUCAACACCUAUGCCGACCCACCCAACUCGGACCUGUUGAGAAGGUACGGCCACGUCGAUGAGGAGAACGGCGCCGACCUCGUUGAGAUCGGAUUGGGACUUGUCGUCGAACUCGUCGGCGGUCCCCAGGGGUCGGACCUUAGCGAAGACGAGCAAUCGACCCGCGCCGAAUGGCUCCUCGAACUGGGUGUCGACGACACCUUUGUCCUCGAUAAGACCCAUGAACUCCCUGAAGAGCUUAUUUCGACGAUCCGGACGUUACUGCUUGACCAGGCCGACUUUGAAAAGGUGCAGAGGAAGGAAAUGCCGCCGAAACCGAGGUUGGAUCCGAUCUCGGCGAAAUGGGCGGUCGCGAUCUUGGACAGGCGGAUGGAGGAGUACGAAACAAGCAUAGAGGUCAGUCUGUAUGAGCCCCAACAAAGCAACAGGGCGGCUCUGAUGUUCAUCUGCCGUACGCACUUUUACAGGAGGACGAGACGUUGCUCGCCCAGACCGACCUCGACCCGAGAAGGAGAAUGGCCAUCAUUGUUCGACUCGGUGAGAAGCGGUUAUUGCGAGAAGCCAGGGGCGAAGUUGUCGGUGCUUUCCCACCUGGUGCCGAAACAGAGGAGGACUCGAAGGAGAACAGCAAAGCGGAUAAGAAGCGCAAAGCAGGCGCCGACAAGGGUUCGAGUGAGGGCAAAAAGUCCAAAAAGUCCAAGCCGUGAAAGGCGAGGACGUAGGAAAGCAGUGCCGCUCCCGUGUCGCAACUCGUCGGUACAAUGCUACAAGGUGGAAUGCAAUUUGCGUGUCACAAAUCUCGAGUCUAGCUUUUCCACAACUACAGUUCGUCUCCUGCCCUGCGCACGGUCUUGUCCUCUGCGACCCGCUCAGGAGUCUUCGGUGCUUUUUCGGCGGCAACAUCAGCCACAGGAAAGUUCUCCACCAAAGUGUCCUCCUCCGAGAUCAGUUCCCAGAAACGCACACCCUCGGCUUUGCCGUCCUUCUCGUAUGCCUUCCAGUAGUGGGCGUUAUCGUACUUGGCUCUGAAGGACACGUGAUCCAACGACGGAAGAGCAUCAAAGUAAGCCUUCGCCGCCGAAGCAUCCAGCUUGGCUUGCGAAGGGACGAGGUUGAUCACGAGCUUUUUGAGCGACUUGAUCGGUGCCAAGAGCUCGAGCACUUUUGCGAGCAAGAGCUCGUGUUCUUGCGCCGUGACUAG